AUGGCUCUAUCUCAGCAACAACCCGCUGAAGCCCUCAAAGCCACAAGAUUCUCAGUAGUCUAUGCUAUUAAAGACAUUGAUCUGAGUGCCAUCCCCUACCGUGCCCUUGGAGCUGGCACUGGCAAAGGUCCCGCAGAUGAAGACAAAGACAAGAACGAAGAAACGUUGAGAAACGCAGACGACGACGACGAAAACGAGGACACAGACGAAGAUGAAGAAGAAAGUGAAGAAGAACCCAAACACCACACCCUCAUCCCAUCCCAAUGGUACAUCGACAACCUGAACAAAUACUGGAAACCCUCAAACACCCAACGCGUCGGUUUCUUCCCAAAUUUCAUCGGCGGCCUUCCGCCAGGCUACUCUGGCUGGAGCUACCUGACUCCCAAAGGAACCAUUGUUCGAAACUUAUACGGCCAUCCCAACGGUAAUCUAUUCCGCUCGGUACCGAGAUUCAUUCUCCAUGUGGUGGAGAUUCUGAGGCAGACUGCGCAGGGUGCUUGGCAGCUUGAAUGUCGUUGUUUCGAAAGGGCUGUGGAGAAGUAAUGAGGCAUGAGCAACUACUACUGAGGCUACUGAAACUGCUGAGGCUGCUUCUUGAUAUUGAUACAUUGAGUUUUUUUUUCACAUUGUCAUUUACUUGAAUGACU